AUGGCCUGUCCCUGGCAGUUUCUGUUCAAAAUCAAAUCCCAAAAGGUGGACUUGACUACGGAACUGGACAUCAACAACAACGUGAGAAAAGACCACCAGCCCCCGUCCAGUCCAGUGACACAGGAUGACCUCAAACGUCACAGCCCGGGCAAGCACGGGAAUGAGUCUCCCCGGCCCCUCACGGGGACGGUAAAGAUGUCUCCAGAUCCCCUGGGCAAGCUGGAUGCACCCCCGUCAGCCUGUCCACGGCAUGUGAGGAUCAAAAACUGGGGCAGUGGAGUGACUUUCCAAGACACGCUUCACCAGAAGGCCAAAGGGGAUCUCUCUUGCAAGUCCAAGUCUUGCCUGGCAUCCAUCAUGAACCCCAAAAGUAUGACCAUAGGACCCCGGGACAAGCCAACCCCCCCAGACGAGCUUCUACCUCAAGCUAUCGAAUUUGUCAACCAGUAUUUCGGCUCCUUCAAAGAGGCAAAAAUAGAGGAACAUCUGGCCAGGGUGGAAGCGGUAACAAAGGAGAUAGAAACAACAGGAACCUACCAGCUGACGGGAGAUGAGCUCAUCUUUGCCACCAAGCAGGCCUGGCGCAACGCCCCCCGCUGCAUCGGGAGGAUCCAGUGGUCGAACCUGCAGGUCUUUGACGCCCGGAGCUGUUCCACGGCCCAGGAAAUGUUCGAACACAUCUGCAGACACGUGCGUUACGCCACCAACAACGGCAACAUCAGGUCGGCCAUCACCGUGUUCCCCCAGCGGAGCGAUGGGAAGCAUGACUUCCGGGUCUGGAACGCCCAGCUCAUCCGCUAUGCCGGCUACCAGAUGCCAGAUGGCAGCAUCAAAGGGGACCCCGCCAGCGUGGAGUUCACACAGCUGUGCAUCGACCUGGGCUGGAAGCCCAAGUACAGCCGCUUCGACGUGUUGCCUCUAGUCCUGCAGGCUGACGGCCGCGACCCAGAGCUCUUCGAAAUCCCCCCUGACCUUGUGCUUGAGGUGCCCAUGGAACAUCCCAGGUACGAAUGGUUCCGGGAGCUGGAGCUCAAGUGGUACGCCCUGCCAGCCGUGGCCAACAUGCUGCUUGAGGUGGGCGGCCUCGAGUUCCCAGGGUGCCCCUUCAACGGGUGGUACAUGGGCACGGAGGUUGGAGUCCGGGACUUCUGCGACGUCCAGCGAUACAACAUCCUGGAGGAAGUGGGCAGAAGGAUGGGCCUGGAAACGCACAAGCUGGCCUCACUCUGGAAGGACCGGGCUGUCGUUGAGAUCAACGUCGCGGUGCUCCACAGUUUCCAGAAGCAGAAUGUGACCAUCAUGGACCACCACUCCGCUGCAGAGUCCUUCAUGAAGUACAUGCAGAAUGAGUACCGCUCCCGAGGGGGCUGCCCAGCUGACUGGAUUUGGCUGGUCCCCCCAAUUUCUGGAAGCAUCACCCCCGUGUUCCACCAGGAAAUGCUAAAUUACAUCCUGUCCCCUUUCUACUACUACCAGGUGGAGGCCUGGAAAACCCACGUCUGGCAGGACGAGAGGCGGAGGCCCCAGAGAAGAGAGAUUCGAUUCAAGGUCUUGAUCAAAGCCGUGUUCUUCGCCUCGGUGCUGAUGCAGAAGGCCAUGUCAUCCCGGGUCAGAGCCACGAUCCUCUUUGCAACAGAGACGGGGAGAUCGGAAACGCUGGCCCAAGACCUUGGGGCUUUGUUCAGCUGUGCCUUCAACCCCAAGGUUCUCUGCAUGGAUCAGUACCGGCUGAGCCAUCUGGAGGAGGAACAGCUGCUGCUGGUGGUGACCAGCACUUUUGGCAACGGGGACUCCCCUGGCAACGGAGAGAAACUGAAGAAGUCCCUCUUGAUGCUGAAAAAACUCACCAACAAGUUCCGGUAUGCCGUGUUUGGCCUUGGCUCCAGCGUGUACCCUCAGUUCUGUGCUUUUGCUCAUGACAUCGACCAGAAGUUGUCCCAGCUGGGGGCUUCUCAGCUUGCCCCAACUGGGGAAGGGGACGAACUCAGCGGGCAGGAGGAGGCCUUCCGCAGCUGGGCCGUGCAAACCUUCAAGGCAGCCUGUGAGACAUUCGAUGUCAGUGGCAAGCACCACAUUGAGAUCCCCAAGCUCUACACUUCCAGUGUGACCUGGGACCCACACCACUACAGGCUCGUGCAGGACUCAGAGCCUCUGGACCUCAACAAAGCCCUGAGCAGUAUGCACGCCAAGCCUGUGUUCACCAUGAGGCUCAAAUCGCAGCAGAAUCUGCAGAGUCCGAAAUCCAGCCGCACCACCCUCCUGGUGGAACUCUCCUGUGAGGGCAGCCAAGCUCCAAGCUACCUGCCGGGAGAGCACCUCGGAGUUUUCCCAUGCAACCAGCCAGCCCUGGUUCAAGGCAUCCUUGAGCGAGUGGUGGAUGGCCCUGCCCCGCACCAGCCCGUGCGCCUGGAGACCCUCUGUGAGAAUGGCAGCUACUGGGUCAAGGACAAGCGACUGCCACCUUGCUCACUCAGCCAGGCUCUCACCCAUUUCCUGGACAUCACCACCCCGCCAACCCAGCUGCUGCUUCGAAAGCUGGCCCAGCUGGCCACAGAAGAGGCUGAGAGGCAGAGGCUGGAGACCCUAUGCCAGCCCUCAGAUUACAACAAGUGGAAGUUCACCAACAGCCCCACAUUCCUGGAGGUGCUGGAGGAGUUCCCGUCCCUGCGGGUAUCUGCCAGCUUCCUGCUCUCCCAGCUCCCUAUUCUGAAGCCCCGGUACUACUCCAUCAGCUCCUCCAGGGACCUCACACCCACGGAGAUCCACCUCACUGUGGCCGUGCUCACGUACCGCACCCGAGAUGGCCAAGGUCCCCUGCACCAUGGCGUCUGCAGCACGUGGCUCAGCAGCUUGAAGCCCCAGGACCCAGUGCCCUGCUUUGUGCAAAGUGCCAGCGGCUUCCAGCUUCCCGAGGACCGCUCCCGUCCUUGCAUCCUCAUCGGGCCCGGCACGGGCAUCGCCCCCUUCCGCAGUUUUUGGCAGCAGCGGCUCCAUGAGGCUGAGCACAAAGGGCUCCAGGGCGGCCGCAUGACCCUGGUUUUCGGGUGCCGCCGCCCGGAAGAGGACCACCUCUACUGGGAGGAGAUGCUGGAGAUGGCCCGCAAGGGGGUGCUGCAUGAGGUGCACACAGCCUAUUCCCGCCUGCCUGACCAGCCCAAGGUCUAUGUUCAAGACAUCCUGCGGCAGCGGCUGGCGGGCGAGGUGCUUCGCGUGCUCCAUGAAGAGCAAGGCCACCUCUAUGUCUGCGGGGACGUGCGCAUGGCCCGGGACGUGGCCCACAGCCUGAAGCAGCUGAUGGCUACUGCGCUGAGCCUGAACGAGGAACAGGUGGAGGACUAUUUCUUCCAGCUCAAGAGCCAGAAGCGCUAUCAUGAAGACAUCUUUGGUGCUGUAUUUCCCUAUGAGAUGAAAAAGGAUGGGGCAGCGCCCAGUGACCCCAGAGCUCCAGGCGCCAACAGAAGUUAA